AUGCCUAAUUAUGUAAAAUUCAUGAAAGAUAUUCUGUUAAAGAAGAAUAAGUUUAAGAAGUAUGAAAUGAUUGGUCUAACAGAAGAGUGCAGUGCUGUGCUGCAGAAAAAGUUACCACAAAAGCUCAAGGAUCUAGGGAGUUUUACUAUUUGUUGCACUAUUGGUUCAUUGACUGUUGCUAGAGCUUUGUGUGACUUAAAUUUCGUGGUGCUAGACAUGGAGGACUUUAGAAUUCCUAUCAUUAUGGGAAGUCCAUUCGUAGCAACUGGAAAAGCUUUGAUCGAUGUCCAAAAAGGUGAAUUAACUCUGAGGGUGAAUGAUGAAAAUGUAGCAUUUAAUAUCUUCAAGUCAUUGAAACAUCAUGGUGAGGUCAAUUCUUGCAAUAUGAUGGAUGUGAUUGAUAGGACUGUUGAGGAGCAUUGUAGAUUUUGGUUGUGA